AUGGACAUAGCGGGGUUUCCCGGUGUUGUCGGUGUAAUUGAUGGGACACACAUCUGCAUAAUCACACCAUCGGAAAAUGAAGAUGUUUUUGUCAACAGAAAGAGGUUCCACAGCAUCAACACGCAACUUGUUUUCAGUGCAGAUUACAAGAUUUUAGACAUUGUUGCAAAGUGGCCAGGCUCAACACAUGAUGCCAGGAUACUGUCCGAGAGUGGCCUGAAACAGCUUUUUGAAGGACAUUAUGUGCCAGUUAACUGUCAUUUGUUAGGGGACAGUGGCUAUCCAUGCAAACCAUGGCUCCUCACACCGUACCUCCGCCCAGACCCAGGACCACAGCUAAACUACAACAGAGCCCACAAGAAAACACGUUCAGUAGUUGAGCGGGGUAUUGGCCAGCUGAAGAGGAGGUUUCAUGUGUUGCAUGGAGAAGUGCGCCUGUCACCAGCUAAGGUCUGCAAAGUCAUUACAGCCUGUGCAGUGCUUCACAACAUCUGCAAAGUACGACAAAUCCCGGAACCUCUCGAAAGCAGCCAUGGUAACAGUGAUGAAGGUGAUUGCAAUGAAUAUGAUGAAGACAUUCAGUUUACCCAGGGGAGAGACAUGUCCCAGAGUGGGCUUCGUCACAGAGCUCAAUUUACAAAUUUGCAUUUUAGGUAA